CUGGCUCAGUACCUGUGGUGUCACAGAAGCUCUCUGCCGGGCAAGGCUGUCUUAGAGCAUGCUUAAGACCUGUCACUUCGAAGGCCCAACUGGAAAAUCCUCUCUAGUAUGAACACAUCUGUUGCAGACCCGUCAGGCUUUAAGAGGGGUUAAAAUUGGUAGGGACCGCCACCGUGGCUGUGUAUGCGUGGAAGUCCCCCAUGAGGCUUGUAGAGACCCAGCGCCCCAUGUAAUUAGGAGCUCCUUUAAGGACUGUUAAGAGAACCAAACACUAGCGUCCAAACUUCCUUGGGUAUAUUAAGCAAGACUGGCAGAGAUCCAUCCCGGGGGAGCUGGAAGCAAUGUGGCCAGUCGCGGAAUCCCGGGCCCCACAUGGGACUCAACCUCGCAACCCCACUGAGAGACCUCCCCAGGUCGUUUCUACAUACCCAGAAGCCUGAGCUUCGUCUCCUAAAGCCGUGUUUCAUCAGGGCGCACUCUGUAUACAUGAGCUCAAGACUCCGCUCAACUCCCUGAGCCUGUACUUCGGGAAAUGAAAGUCCCAACUUCCCUGUGAUACGAAGGACAAUUUGUGAGAUGCUGGCUUUCAAACUCCUCAGAUUGGAGCUGGAGUGAGCCUUCCAGGAGUUACGGCUGCAAAGUGUGGCGCUGAAGUAACACUGUCUGACAGUUCAGAGCUGCCCCACUGCCUGGAAAUCUGCCGGCAGAGCUGUGAAAUGAACCACCUGCCGCAGGUGCGCAUCGUAGGACUGACCUGGGGCCACGUGUGUCAGGACCUGCUGGCUCUGCCACCACAAGACAUCAUUCUUGCAUCUGACGUGUUCUUUGAACCAGAAGACUUUGAAGACAUCUUAACUACAGUAUACUUUUUGAUGCAAAAGAACCCCAAGGUCCAACUGUGGUCUACUUACCAGGUGAGAAGUGCUGACUGGUCACUUGAAGCUUUGCUCUACAAGUGGGGUAUGAAAUGUGUCCACAUUCCUCUGGAGUCUUUUGAUGCAGACAAGGAAGAUAUAGCAGAAUCUGCUCUCCCAGGAAGACAUACUGUUGAAAUGCUGGUCAUCUCCUUUGCAAAAAAGGACAGUCUCUGAAUUACACCUACACAGGCUGUUCUGGGGCAGUGCCAAUACUGAUUUGCAACCUGGCAUGCCAAUUAGGACUCGGACCAUUUUAGCUUCUUGGGAGGGACUACAAGCAUUGGACUUGAAGACAGAUCUGUUGGCCUUAACGGACUGUGGUGGGUCACCUGGACGCUCAUGGGUUACAAAGCCAUGAAAACAAAAAUAAAGACACCUGUAAGAAAAA